AUGGCUCUUUUUAAACUAAAAAAGUUGUUGGUGUUAAAAAAGAAAAACGCGCUGAACGGAGUGCAGACGAUUUUUGUAAUGCCCAUUCAUCUUCAAAGUUCACAAAAUCGAUUAAUUAUAAAAAACGGGAAAAUUGUGAACGCCGAUGGAGUUUCUGAUGGGGAUAUUUACAUUGAAGAUGGAGUUAUUAAAGAAUUGGGAAGAAAUUUAAUUAUACCUGGUGGAACUCGAGCAAUUGAUGCUAAGGGAAAAUUUGUUUUUCCAGGAGGAAUCGAUCCGCAUACUCAUUUCGAAUCAAAUUUUCUUGGUAAAAAAGCUGAUGAUUUUUAUCAGGGAACAAAAGCUGCCAUUGCUGGUGGAACGACUAUGGUUAUUGAUUUUUUUACUAAUGACAAAGAAACAACUUUGAUUGAGGCGUUUCACGAAGCUCGACAUAUAGCCGAUGAUAAAGUUUGUUGUGAUUACAGUUUUCACGGAGUAAUCAAAGAUUGUAAUGAAAGAACGAAAAAAGAAAUGGAAGUUUUAAUGGGAGAAGAAUUUGGCAUUAAUUCAUUUAAAUUUUUCAUGGCUUACAAAGAUUUAAUGUUAAAUGACUGCCAAUUAUUUGAAUUAUUUGAAACAUGUAGGAAAAUAGGAGCAUUGGCAAUGGUGCAUGCUGAAAAUGGGAAUAUCAUUUUAGAAAAUACAAAAAGAUUAUUGAAAUCAGGUGUUACUGCUCCCAUAGGACAUGCUUUAUCGAGACCUGAAGAUGUGGAAGCAGAAGCUGUCACGAGAGCAGCCAUGAUAGCAAAUCAAACUGGAUGUCCUUUAUAUGUUGUUCAUGUAAUGUCUAGAUCUGCUGCUGAAGCUGUCGCUUUGGCAAGAUCUCGAGGAAAUGUAGUCUUUGGAGAAACAUUGGCAGCAGCAAUAGGAACUAAUGGAACCCAUUAUAAAAGUGAUGAUUUCAAACAUGCAGCUGGUCAUGUUUUAAGUCCACCUUUAAGAUUAGAUCCAGAUACUCAAGAAGCCAUUGUUAGAUUUUUAGUGAGUAAUGGUUUACAGUUAACAGGUAGUGACCACUGCACAUACACAUCCGAACAAAAAGCAACUGGUAAAAAUGAUUUUUCAAUGAUUCCAAAUGGAGUCAAUGGAGUUGAAGAAAGAAUAUCAAUUGUUUGGGAAUAUGGUGUUAAAUCAGGUUUAAUUGAUCUUCCCAGAUUUGUUGAAAUAACAAGCACAAACGCUGCCAAAAUAUUUAACUUGUAUCCACAAAAAGGAGUCAUUGCAGUAGGUUCGGAUGCUGAUAUUGUUAUUUGGGAUCCAAAUCACGUUAGAAAAAUAUCUAAAGACACACAUCACAGCGGUUGCGACUUCAACAUAUUCGAAGGUACGGAAAUUCACGGUGCUCCAGAAUAUGUUAUUGUUAACGGAAGAGUAUGCGUCGACGAAUUCGAAUUGAAAGCCGUACAAGGUUUUGGAAAAUUCGUACCAACAACUCCGUGGUGUCCUUUCGUGUACGACGUACUCAAUGCAAAAGAAAAAGAAAAUGGUUCGUUUAACGUAUCCGACAUGAAAACAUCUCUACCCACACAAGUAGAAAAACCUAAUGUUAAACCUAAACUUGAUAUCCCCGCGACCAACGGUCAAGUUAAUAAUUCUAAAGAUCCAGCAUACCUAUCAUCCCUAAUUACGCCACCUCCGGUAAAUACUCCCACAACUGGAAGACAAAUGAGACAAGAGGGUCAAAGAGAUCUUCAGGGUUCUACAUUUUCCGUGAGUGGCGAAAAAGAUAAGGUUGUCUUUAAAUCGGGAAUUCGAGUUCACAAUCCUCCUGGGGGACAAAGUUCCGGUGGAUUUUGGUAA